AAAAAAAAGGACCACAAGGCAGGCAAGUAGAGAUACAGGCUGAGCUUUUGUUGUUGUUUCUCAAGACAGGGUUUCUCUGUGUAAUAGCCAGUGUCCUGGAACUCACUCUGUAGACCAUGCUAGCCCUUAAUUUAAAAAGAUCCACCUGCCUCUGCUUCCUGAGUGCUGGGACUAAAGGUACACACCACCACCUGGCUGAUUUUUUUUUUUUUUAUGUGCAUUACUAUUUUUGCUAUGGGACGUUUCAGGUCCCAUGUCUCUGGAGUUAGAGACAGUUGUGAGUUGUCAUGUGAGUGCUGGGAGUUGAAUCUGGGUCUUCUGGAAGAAUAGCCAGUGCUCUUAACAACUGAAUCGUCUCUCCAGCUCCUGAGCUGUGCUUCUUUGUGCUUUUUCUGGUUUCCCUGAUUCCCCAUACUUAACAGACAUGAGAUGGAGAUAAAUGCUAGCCUUCGAAAGGAGGCGGGGCUGGCCUGGUAAUGAGCCAGGGGGCUGGAACUCUAGGAUUCCUGGCCAGUAAGAACUAUGUAACAAAAGGACAAGGUCCAGGGGACAAGAGACGUUGCUGGGAGUACCUGGUCAUAUUUGGGGAGUGGGGUAGGCAGAUUCCAUUAAAAGCAGGAAGUUAGGGCUUUGGAGCUCUCUGGGUUAAGUUGAGACUACACUGCUCUCAGCCACUUGAGAAAGAGUCAGUGCCAUGGGAGUUUGGCCGAAACUCACCUUCCUACUGCUGUUGCUGCUUCUGCUGGCUGGCCUGAGGCAGCCCCCUUGGCCAGCAGCGAUGGCCCUGCCCUACGCCAAGGCCCUACGUUGGUUCCUGGGAGACACCACAUGCUUUGUGCUACUUGGUUUGGCAUUGCUGGCCAAACCCUGGAUCAGCUCUUUGAUGCCCCACUGGCUGAGUAUGGUAGCUGCGGCUCUCACCUUAACACUGUUGCCUCCACAGCCACCGCCGGGGCUACGCUGGCUACACAAAGAUGUGGCCUUCACAGUCAAGAUCCUCUACUGUGCCUUGAAAACUAUGCAAGGCCUUAACAAGCAGCCUCCAGAGACCUUUGUGGAUGCUUUGGAGCGGCAAGCAAGGGCACGGCCUGACAAGGUGGCGGUGGUGUGUACAGGAGGGUCUGGGGCCGGCUCGAUCACCAAUAGCCAGCUGAAUGUCAGGGCCUGUCAGGCAGCAUGGGCACUGAAAGCAAAGCUGAAGGAUGCCACAAGCAAACAGGCCGAAGACAUUGUUGCCCUCUUAACGCUCCCCUCCAAGAAUAUUCCAGCUUUGACUGUGUUUCUGGGGUUGGCCAAGCUGGGCUGCCCUGUGGCCUGGAUCAACCCACAUGGCCGGGGGAUGCCCCUGCUACACUCUGUGCUAAGUUCUGGGGCCAGUGUGCUCAUUGUGGACCCAGACCUCCAGGAGAACCUGGAAGAAAUCCUUCCCCAGCUGCUAGCAGAGAACAUCUGCUGCUUCUACCUUGGCCACAGCUCGCCCACUCCAGGUGUGGAGGCUCUGGGGGCUGCCCUGGACACCGCACCCUCUGACCCUGUGCCUGCCAAUCUGCGAGCUAAGAUCCAGCGGCGAAGCCCUGCCUUACUCAUCUACACUUCAGGAACCACUGGACUCCCAAAGCCAGCCAUUGUCUCAUACGAACGAGUCUCACACAUGAGCAGGUUAACCUGGUUCUGCGGGGCCACCACUGAUGACGUGGUCUAUGUUGUUUUACCUCUGUACCAUGUGAGUGGCCUUGUCCUCGGAGUCCUGGGCUGCAUAGAACUUGGAGCCACCUGUGUCCUGGCUCACAAGUUCUCUGCCUCCCGCUUCUGGGCUGACUGUCGGCAGCACCACGUAACAGUGAUCCAGUAUGUAGGCGAGGUUCUACGAUACCUGUGCAACGUGCCCGAGCAACCGGAAGACAAGAAACACACAGUCCACUUGGCGAUGGGCAAUGGACUUCGGGAAGAUGUGUGGGAAAUCUUCCAGAAACGCUUUGGUCCCAUUCGGAUCUGGGAGUUCUACGGCUCCACGGAGGGCAACAUGGGCUUAAUGAACUAUGGAGGACGCCGCGGGGCCGCGGGGAAAACCAACUGCUUCCUUCGAAUGCUGAGUCCCUUUGAGCUUGUACAGUUCGACAUGGAGACAGCAGAGCCUUUGAGGGACAAACAGGGUUUCUGCAUCCCUGUGAGGCCAGGUAAGGAGGUCAGCAACCAACCCUUUCUGGGCUACCGUGGUCCCCGGGAACAGUCCAAGCGGAAACUGGUCGCAGAUGUGCGGCGUGUGGGAGACCUCUACUACAAUACUGGAGAUGUAUUGUCCUUGGACAGUGAAGGCUUCUUCUACUUCCGGGACCGCCUGGGUGACACCUUCCGGUGGAAGGGCGAAAAUGUAUCCACGCGAGAGGUGGAGGGAGUUUUGUCAAGCUUAGACUUCCUUCAGGAAGUCAAUGUCUAUGGCGUGCCUGUGCCAGGGUGCGAGGGCAAGGUUGGCAUGGCUGCUGUGAAACUGGCAUCCGGGCAGACUUUUGAUGGGCAGAAGCUGUACCAGCACGUCCGUUCCUGGCUCCCUGCUUACGCCACACCUCAUUUCAUCCGUGUCCAGGACUCCCUGGAGGUCACAGGCACCUUCAAGCUGGUGAAGUUACAACUGGUACGUGACGGUUUCGACGUGAGAGUCAUUGCUGACCCCUUGUACAUACUGGACAACAAGAACCAGACCUUCCGGAGCCUAACGCCAGACGUGUACAAGGCUGUGUGUGAAGGAACGUGGAAGCUGUGACCUCCUCACCAACCGAAAGGCAAUCCCAAAGUGUGGGAAUGGAUACUGGCCAGUGUUCUCAGCAUCAACGUGACAAAGUUGUCAGGAUCCCAGAUGCCCAUGGUCUAGUACCACUUAGACAAUAAACUUGAAUGUGUAUGCAGAA